AUGUCAUCGACCACGAGUCGAGCGCUCUGGACGCUCCUGGUGCUGUCGGUCACUGGUUCGGCGAUCGCGCAACUGACGAACCGCGCGCCUCAUUUCAGCGUCGGCGACGGCGAUAUGUCAAGGUUCAGCCUGGCCGAGGACACGCCUGUCGGAACGCCCGUCUAUCAGCUGAAAGGAGUGGAUCCAGAAGGAGGUAGGCUCCGAUAUAGUAUCUCAGGCCCCAUAUUCAGCGUGGAUCGAGACACAGGUGUUGUCCGACUACGACAACCAUUGGACAGAGAGACACAAGAUCAAGUUGAAGUAGUUAUCAGCAUUACAGAUGAAGCAGUAUUCGAUACAGAGCCGAACACAGUGUCCCUUCGUCGGGAGAUUCCGGUGCGCGACGUGAACGACAACCCGCCUCGUUUCCAUGGGCGUCCCUACAGGGCGAGAGUUCGCGAAGGAGGCUCGGCUGGUGCCGUAGUUCCUGUCCGACCCGAAGUGUUGGUCACGGAUGCCGAUGGCGGCAUCAACGCCGACGUGACGGUUGUCUGCUCCGCCGCAGGAGAUGACUCUUGUGAUGCCUUCGACGUCGAAACCGUGAAACUGACUGACGGGAAAUUUCAAGCUGAAAUAACCCUGAAACGGCCAUUGGAUUUUGAAACGAGGUCAUCGUAUUUGUUGACAUUGAAGGCUUAUGAUGGUGGUUAUUCUCCUAAGUCGGCUUUUGCCACGGUAGCCAUCGAUGUCGAAGACGUUCAGGAUCAACCACCUGUAUUCCUUGGUGCUCCAUACUCCGCCACAAUUCCUGAGAAUUUACGAGCGGAUACAUCAAUUUUACAAAUCUUUGCAAUGGAUGGCGAUGUCGGUAAUCCUCGGGCGGUUCUGAUGACUUUAGAAGACGACGAUUUAGGCUACUUUGCUCUGACUUCUAAUUUAACAACAGGUGGUGCUACUCUGAUUACAACAGAAAUUCCAAUAGAUCGGGAACAUCCAAUGGUCAUUGAAAACGGAGGAGUGUAUACGUUUAACGUUAGAGCGACUGAGUUGAUAAACAAUGAAGUUCCAGCCGAUUCCGCAGUUUCACAAAUUAACAUUGUCAUCACUGAUGUGGACGAUCAUCUUCCAGAAUUUAAUCAACCCUUAUUCGAAGUUCUUAUACCUGAAAGUUUAGAAAAUGGAACUCCUUUACCAGGUCUUCCAAUUGUAGUCAGUGACGACGAUCUCGGCGCAAAUUCGCACUACGACAUAUCUCUUCGAGGUGCUAAUAAUGCUUUUGAAGUUCUGCCAACUACUGCUGAAGGAAGAACGCCUAUUAUUAUCAAAGUCAAAGAUUCAAGUGUUCUCGAUUACGAUGUAGAUGAUAUUUCUAAAAGAACCAUUGAAUUUGAUGUAGUUGCAUCAGUUGAAUAUGAAGAAGUUGCAAGUACUCACAUAGUUCUUCACACACAAGAUGCCAAUGACAAUUCGCCAAUGUUUGGCCAAGAGACUCGUCACAUGGAAGUCGAAGAAAAUGCAAAAUUGGGUUACAAGAUAGCUGAUAUAUCAGCUACCGAUAAAGACAGUGGUGUGUAUGGUGAAAUUAUGUAUUCAUUAAAAGGAUUUGGUAGUGAAAUUUUUAAAACAGAUCGAAAAGAAGGCGGUUUGUUUGUGAAUGGUGUUCUGGAUUAUGAAAAACGUAAAAGUUACAGUUUGACGUUAGUGGCAACUGAUGGAGGAGACCGAGAAUCGACAAUAAAUUUGUUUGUUGAUAUUAAGGAUUUAAACGAUAAUGCACCUAUGUUUGAUGCUUUAGAGUAUACGAGGAUCAUUAGGGAAGGAUCAACUGGAUUUGAACCUCAAUUUAUAAUACAGGCAACUGAUUUGGAUGGGCCUCGGCAAGGCGGAAGUAAUUUAACUUAUUCAAUUGAGUCAGAAAACACAUUAAGCAAUGACGUAUUCACGGUCAAUUCGUCAACAGGAGAGAUUCUGAUCAGGAAACCUGUCAGUUCUGCGGACACUGCCCGCGGACAAUAUGAACUCACUUUACGAGCGACAGACCAUGGUAAACCUCCACUUUAUAAUGAAACGCGUGUUCUGGUUCGCGUUGGGAUUGCUGGAAAUCAGCGUCCAGUUUUUCGUGGCGGUUCCUCGAAGCAUAUGAUUGGUCGACCUGGUCCGGAAAAUUAUUAUGCUGCCUUGCCUGAAAAUUCUGCACCUGGAACACCUGUCAUUCAGGUGACUGCUACUGAUCCAGACGGUCCAGAUUCGCAGCUUAGAUACAGGGCUGCUGGCGGUGAAGGGCGGGACAACUUUGUCGUUGACGAGAAAAACGGAAUUAUAACAGUUGGUCGAGAAGCUCGUUUGGAUCUGGGCUCAAAUCCUCAUGAAUAUGCGUUGCAAGUAAUAGCAAUUGACAAUGGUCAACCAUUUCCAGAAACAGCUACAACUACUGUCUUCAUCAAUAUCACGGAUGUGAACGAUAAACCUCCUCGCUUCAAUGAUUCUGCCUUAGUCGCUUUUGUAUCAGAACGAGCUGAAAUAGGGACUGUAGUAACCAGAGUGUUUGCCAAAGAUCCUGAUGAAGAUGCAUUGCUUCACUAUUCAAUAAUAGAACCCAUAGCAUCUGUUACAGGCAACGGAAUUCCACUAAAAUCCGUAGUUCGAUACGAUUUCAAAAACGCAUUCAAGAUAGACAAACUCACUGGAGAAAUAUUAGUCAACAACACAAUGGAUUACAAUUCUGCAGCAGUGAUAGUCUUAACAAUAGAAGCUAGAGAUGUAAAUGCAGCUUAUAAUAAAGAAGAUCAAGUCGAUACUACACAGAUUACGAUGUAUGUACAAGCAUAUAAAGAUGAAAAUCCUAUAUUCGAAAUAGAUGGAUGGUCUCAGAUUAAGCCUUACAUCACAAAAGAUAUCGAUGAAGAAUCGCCUAUAGGUAGUGUUAUACUCACAGUAAGUGCUAAAGACGGAGUGAAUGGUAAACCUGUGACCUUCUAUCGCAUAUUGACUAAUACUGAUUUAGUACAAAUAAAUGAAAUCAAUGGAGCGAUUUCUAUUGCCAAACGAGUGGACUAUGAAGCCUUGGAGAAUAAUACGUUAACAUUCACAGUAGAAGCAAAAAGUAUUGAUUUAUCAAGGUCAAGCCUAGCUAAAGUUAAUUUUACAGUGCACAAUAUUAACGAUAAUGCACCAGUUUUUGAGAAGAAAGAAUAUUCUACGACGGUGAUGGAAUCUGCAAAAUAUCCCGAGAGAGUUUUGACAAUUAAAGCUGUAGAUGCAGAUUCGCAAAGAACAAAAGAUGAUAAAGAACUGGGAUUUGGUGAUGUAGUUUACUCAUUAGCAGGACAACACGCUGAUUUUUUUACGAUUGAUCCAGUUUCAGGUGUUAUAUUAAUUGCUCCAAAUCGAACACUUGACUGGGAAGUUCAAUCAGUAUUGAGAUUUUCCGUUAUAGCCCGUGAUUCUCCUAAAAGUUCUUUGGAUGCUAAAACCAGUUCUGCUUUGGUAAUAGUUGAUGUUCUAGAUGUGAAUGAUAAUGCGCCAAAAUUCGUACUAGAAGAAUAUAUGGCUGUAAUUCCUGAGAAUAUACAUAAGGGUUCAAGUAUUAUAAAUAUCACAGCAACAGAUCCUGAUGAUGGACUUGGUGGUGAUAUCAAAUAUGAAAUUCUUGAUGAAGGCGAUGCAAAUGGAUUACUAGAAAUCAACGCAACAACAGGCGAAAUUAAAACUAAGAGUGUUUUAACUGGCAAAGGCAGAAAUGAACCUUAUUUACUUACCAUUAGGGCACAAGAUGGUGGUUUAUUGGGUUUGAGUGAUAAAAUAUUACACACAGAUACUUCUUUGACAUUAUACAUUGGUGAUGUGAAUGUAAAUGAUGGUGUGCCAGUUUUUAUAAAACCUGCAGUAGACCAACCAGCAUUUAUCAGCGAAAAUGCGACUAUUGGUUCACCAGUAUUUCAAGCAGUUGCAUCUGAUCCUGACGAUCCGUCACAACCUUCAGGAAAAUUGAUAUAUAGUAUUCAGGAUGAUACAAGUGACACAUUAGCUUUUAAAAUAGAUCCAUAUAGUGGGCUCAUCACAACUACUCGAGCACUAGAUAGAGAAGCCAAAGAUUCCUAUAAUAUAAUAUUAGUGGCUUCCGAUAGAGGAUCACCUCCUCAAGUCGCCACCAGAAUUUUGAAAAUCAAAGUUACAGAUGUUGAUGAUCAUACGCCACGAUUCCAAAGAGAUGUGGAUGCACCACCAUUGAAAAUGUCAAUAGAAGAAGAGCAGCCGAAUGGCACAAUUAUUGGCAGUUUUAAAGCUAUGGAUGAAGAUAUUGGUGAAAAUGGUGCCAUAUCGUAUUUCAUUACAGAUGGUAAUGAACAUAAUCUGUUUUAUAUUGAGCAUGCAAAGGAAAAUACUGCUAACUUGAGAACUAAUGGUAGACUAGAUCGAGAAGACAUUAGUCAGCAUCUUUUGACUAUAAAGUGUUUUCCAACAAGAUCAAAACCAAUUCAUGGACUGCGAAAGCAAUAUAAUAAAUUGGAUCCAUCAGAACUGCAAGUAUCGAUUUUGGUAGAGGAUAUCGAUGAUCAUUUGCCUGAAUUCGAUCAACAACAAAAUUUAACUCUUGGAAUCCGAUUAAAUGUGCCUGCUUAUACAUCUUUGAUCACUGUUCAUGCAACUGAUGAAGAUUCUGAUUCAGGUCCAAUGAAUUAUACUCUGUACGAUGUUGCAUUUGAAUCACCACUUUUCGAUUAUGAAUUACCAGGGCUCCGAGCAUCAUUUGCCUUGAAUUCAGUAACAGGUGACUUGAGAACUGCAGGAAAGCUUGUAGACUUUGUCGAUGGAUUUUUCAGUCUAAUCAUACGAGCUAAUAAUUCUAUGGAUCCUGAACGUUAUUCAGAUCUGUAUAUACAGCUGUACAUAGUUCGUGAUCGAUCUUUGUUAAGAUUUGUCUUUACAAGACCUCCCCGUGAUAUGGCAAAUCAUCUUGAUGCCUUUACAAAAGAUGUUCAGAAUGCUCUUUAAAAAAGCAGAUGUUUUAAAUGAAGAAGAAUUAUCGCAAGAUGUAAAAUUGCAUGUAUAUGACACACAAGUACUAGUGAAGAAAGACCAAAGUCUGGAUUUUGGCUC